CGUGCCGACACGUUUGCGGCCUUGUAUUCAUCUUUAUCUGUCACCAUGUCCACGUUCCAUUCGACAAAUCUACAUCAUUCAGACAAGAACAGUUUACCUAUGUUAUCAAAAUCCGGGACUAUAAAAGAACCCCACUCUCCCUUGACUUAUCAUCCGGACUCUGGCUAAAAUCAACGCCUCUCUCAAAAAAUUAUCUUGCCAAGACACCUCUAUCUUCACUCGCGUACAAUGGCCUCCGCUUCCUCUAAUGAUGUUCUCUCUUGGACAAACCAAGACCCUCGCGAAAGCCAACUCUUUAAUUCAUGGGGUGUACUAUAUCGUUUUCAAACUGUGGUCAGUCCUAAUGGUCAAAGUACAACAACCCUUUGGAGGGCCGUUCGCACCAACAAGGAGGAUCGCGUAGCCAAGCUUGAGUGGGCACCAAACGGUGGUCUCGGUCGUGCAGUCAUUGGCAAGAACACGGUACCGAUGGCUGAUCUAGUUCGAGCUGAUCCUCGGCACCAGGGUGCUCGCGUUUUUAACGGCCCCGAUGGUCUGCCAUAUCGCUGGCGACCAAGCGGCAGUAGUGCUGAUAUUGUGCUGCAAGAUCCUACGGGGAAUGUCGUGGCAUUCUUCCGCCCCACGCGACCAACGAGAUAUCAGAUUGGGGAUGUGUAUGGCGAGCUUCAUUUUGUACGGAGUGCUGGAGCGGGUACCAUUAUGCAUCCCCCCAUUAUGGACACUGUGACUGUAACAGCGAUGCUUUACCGCUUCUGCAUGGCUUUCGGUCUUUGAUUACUAUCUCUCUUUCUCUCUCUCUUUUUUUUUUUUUAUCGCACUUGUAUAUGAUCCUUUACAGUAAAGUAAACGUGCAUUUUCUUCGUAUAUUGCAUCAGCCAUCAUACCCUUGCGCCUACCAUCAGACACAAUCUGUACAUAUGUAAUGUAGCUGCCUGUAUAAAUUUUUUCUCCGGUU